AUGACACGUCUGUCACCCUUACUCGUCUAUCUUGUUUCUAUUUGUGCUACACUCUCCCAUGCAGAGGAUGAGUAUUUCACCGUGGGCGAUUUGAGCCAGUACACUACAAAUGGAAUCGCCACGCCUGCACUCACCGGGUCUGUGAUUGAAGUCACCGCGGUCGGUGACCCGGCCGAGAAUGGGAUUCUAGCCUUCCUAUCUCCGGAUAUGCAGACCAGCCUAAAGGCCAGCAUGGAUAGUGACUGCGGGGCAGAGAUUGACUCGACUUGUUAUCAAGGGGUGCUGGACAUCCUGGACGAUCCUGAUCGUGUACUUCAGUCGGGUAGCCUCCAGAAACGCUUUAACCCAGUUUUUCUGGCGGCGGGAGCCAUUGCGGUGAUCGCCUUCUUAAUUGCAAAAGUUUAUCAGGAAGACAAGGUCGUCCCAGUUCCCAUCAAGAUGCCACCAGAGCAACUGGAGGACUCUUUCGAUCUGGAAACUGCCACCGCCAUUGUCUUCGUAACUGAAGACAACAAUUCAGGACAGACUAUCACGCAGGCUCCCGAACAGGACAGGGCAACUGGAUCGCCAGCCACGUUUACGACCUUUGCGAGUGCCGGCAAUGGCGCGAGUACCGGAGACAUGGGAAUCGAAUUAGACUCAAAGACGGCGGAGCAUAUUCAAGCUCUGCUGUCUGGAUCAGACAACAGCAACUGCGAUGUGGGCGCCGACUUCUUUCCUUCCUCUCUCCGUGCUCGCUCGCUGGACAUGGACAUCAUCUGUGGCGCACAGAAUAUCCUCGCCGACGGGAUCGGCCGGGAUGGGUAUCCCAACUGGCUUCUCAUGAACCAGAGACGGUUUCCAUGGACCAACGCGGAGGUUGUUGCAGGACUGAAUACAAUGGUGGGGUGGGCGCUCACUCAGGCCCGCCGACUAAACCCAACUAUCAGUUCAUCCCAUCUUCAUGACCUGGCUGUCGGGGCCUUUGUCCUGUCGUGGAUUUACUCUAAUAACGGGGCUAUCACCACUAACAACAUCAUCCCAUCUGCAUCCCUUCAGGGUGGUCCCACUGCUACGGUCUGUCAAGCGCAAACUGCAACUCAAUGCAAUGUCGGAUGCGAUGUCCAGCCCGUAGCCCCCCAAUUCGCGUGCUCAACGGCCUGCGUGACCGUCACAUCUUGUGAUGCGCAAAAUACCAUCACCACCACAGCCACGGCGACGAUGACCGCCAUUGGCCCGGAUCCUACCGAUGAUUUGGAUGGCCAGGGACAGCAGGUUGCAGUCGCAUCAUACAUCAAUCCGCUGAGUGAUCCAGCCGCUUGGGACCGGCUGAUAGAUUACGAUGCAAAAAAGAUGCCCAUAUUAGUUGCCAAUGUUGUCAAUGGACCGGAUUCGACAGUUGACAGCAACUGGGAAGAUGUUAUCAAGCGAGCUUCAUCUGCCGGAAAGACUGUCCUUGGCUAUGUGCGAACUGGAUACCUGGGUGUGAGCGACCAAAAGUUCCAUACGCGGCUGGGGUCCGGUGACCUGGCAGAUUGGACAGCUCAGAUUGAAGAAGAUGUGGAUAUGUGGUACAAGCUUUAUGGUGAUAGCAUUGGUGGCAUUUUCUUCGACGAAGGCUGGCCUGAAUGUGGCGACAACAACCAAUACGUCGACCUGUACAAGUAUAUCAACGCCUAUACUAAGCGAGCCCACCCUGGUGCGCUCACAGUCCUGAACCCAGGAUCCCCCAUGGCGUCUUGCUUCGAGGACACCAUGGACACCCUGCUCACAUUUGAGCUGAGCUACGACUCUUAUGUCAACUCGUAUACUCCCAACGAUUGGACGCCCAAGGAUCCGCGGAAGCUCUGGCACAUCGUAUAUGAUGUUCCCGAAAGCGCUGUGAGCGAGGUAGCCAAGUUAGCCAAUCAACGCGGAGCGGGAUUUCUGCAACUUACUGAUGACACCUUACCCAACCCAUACGAUACUCUGCCCGCAGAUUCAUACAUCCAAAGUAUGAUGGAUGCCAUUGACGGUGGUUCGCCUUUGAACGCGGACGCUGCAUCUUGGGAAACUGGAAGUGCUGCAGGAGCCGUAUCCGGACUAACAGUCGUGACGUCGGACUACAGCUCUGCUAAACUGUCGUGGAACGCAGCUUCAGAUGCUCUUGGCUACUAUGUGUAUUCCGGUGACAGCCUUAUAGCAAGUGUCCCCAGUUCAAUGACGACGGUCACAAUCGGCGGUCUCGACUCCGGUACCAGCUACGCACUCCAUGUCAGUGCUGUGGGCGGCAGCGGGAAUCUGGGUUCGUCUUCGAAUACCGUGGCAGUGGAAACUACGUCCCUGCCAGAUGGUAAGACCGUGACAAAUUCCUAUGCAUCAACCAGUGAGGGGUCAACUACAAUCCACGCCGACAUACUGGUCCCUUAUUCCUUCGUCCGUCUCUACAUCUGGGACUCGGUGGGAUGUGAGUUUGACACCGAUCCAGGUUGGACCAUCAACUUCAAAAUUGAUAACUACGUCUGUGCCCAGUACAUGGUCGAGGGAACGACAUUAUACAAGUACAGUGGUACGGUUCCUGAAGGAUCUACGGCUCCGCCCUGGUCCUGGACAGUAGUUGGCCCCAUUACUCUCACCACCACAGAUUACACAUAUACUUGGACAUUGCCAAUUGGUACCUCCACUAUCGACACAAGCAAGUUCGUGGUUCAGGCGCAAGGCUACAACCCCUUGACGAAUAUCUUCGAGCCGGUUCCCGACGAUUAUGACUGCAAGGGCUCGUCCAUGUGCAGUACCCCCGGCAUGUUAAAAUGGUGCGAUCACGCCGUAAAUACCUUGUAUCGUGAUGAUGAUCCCACCUAUCACUCAGCCGAGUAA